AUGAAUGGUAGGCUUCUCUCUGCGAGGGUCGCACCUUUGCUGCGCCAACCAUCGGCGCGUCUCUUCCACAAUUAUGUCCGUUCGAGAGCCGGUGGCCUUUUGAGGCCGGAGGGAUAUAUACCUCGACGAACAUGGCCUCCCGGCUCCAAUUCAAUCCACAAUGUUCCGGCUAUACGGUCAAUAUCCUUUGUCAGGAUCCUGCCCAAGCUUGCGCUCAAGAUGGCUCGCCUGCCUGCAAUGUUCGGGGCAAGCAUGCUCGCGGGACUGGCAUACAUACAGUAUCAGGCCGCCCAGGCAGGGACUUACGCAAUGGACGUGUUGAAAAGAGCAGGGGACACUGUAACCGGGACUUCAUCGAGCAUCUUUGAGGGCGCAAAAGGUAUUGCGGAACAGAUGGGGCAAGGUUGGCAACGGACCAAAGAUGAAACACAUCUGCCUGCAUGGCUGCAACAAAUAUUCGAAAAGGGCGAGGAGUCCGGCGAUGGAGGAUCUGGGCCUGAUCCUCAUCAAAGACCCACGCCUGCUACUGCAGCCGCUGCUUCGGCUGCCGCAGUGGGACUAGAGGUGAUCAAUGAGGGGGACGAACAAGCCGCGGCUGAAGAUGAUCAAAUGAUGGUGCUGACGAGGAAGAUGAUUGAAAUCAGGAACAUGCUGAACACUGUAGGUCAGGGCGGUGCUCUGACUCUGCCAUCGAUUGUUGUCAUCGGAUCUCAGUCCUCUGGGAAGAGUUCAGUACUCGAGGCCAUUGUCGGACACGAAUUCUUACCCAAGGGCACGAAUAUGGUAACUAGACGACCGAUCGAACUGACGCUUAUCAACACGCCUGAUUCUCAUGCGGAAUAUGGCGAAUUCCCUGCAUUAGGCAUGGGCAAGAUCACCGACUUCUCCCAGAUUCAAAGGACCCUUACAGACCUCAAUCUUGCCGUCCCCGUGGAGCAAUGUGUUACGGACGACCCUAUUCAGCUUUCUAUCUACUCUCCACAUGUCCCUGACCUUUCCAUGAUCGACCUUCCCGGAUACAUUCAAGUAUCUGGCAAAGACCAACCACCCGAACUGAAACAGAAAAUCGCCGAUCUAUGCGACAAGUAUAUCCAACCACCAAAUGUUAUCCUGGCAAUCUCAGCCGCCGACGUCGAUUUAGCCAAUUCGACUGCGCUCAGGGCUAGUCGAAGAGUCGAUCCUCGGGGCGAGCGGACGAUUGGGGUGAUAACGAAGAUGGACCUGGUUGAUCCAAACCGAGGCGUUGAUAUUUUGUCCGAUCAAAAAUAUCCCUUACGGCUGGGUUAUGUUGGUGUAGUGUGCAGGGUUCCUCAGACUGCCGGCCUUUUUUCUCGUUCAGGACAUAACAUCACGAGUGCCAUUGUGAAAAACGAGAACGCAUAUUUCUCAUCACAUCCCGCUCAAUACGGCCCCACGUCAGAAGUUUCGGUAGGGACAACGACCUUGCGGCACAAACUGAUGCAUGUCCUUGAGCAGACUAUGGCUGCGAGCCUUGCAGGCACGAGAGAUGCUAUCAUCCAGGAGUUGGAGGAAGCAACGUACGAGUUCAAAGUACAGUACAAUGACAGGCCUUUGAGUGCCGAAUCUUACCUCGCGGAGAGCUUGGACGGCUUCAAGCAUUCCUUCAAAGAAUUCAGUGAGCAAUUUGGGAGACCGCAAGUUCGAGCGCUAUUGAAGGAGGUUCUGGACCAGAAGGUCAUGGAUUUGUUGGCGAAGAGAUACUGGAAUAAACCGAUAGAGGACCUUUCCCCAGUCCCGCCCGAAGCCGAUCCGCUGUCCAAUCUGCCUAAGGCAGACCCCGGCUCCUUAUAUUGGCAACGGAAGUUGGAUGCCUCAACAUCGGAACUGACAAAGUUGGGUGUCGGCAGGCUGGCCACUACAGUUGUGGCUUCAGAGUUGCAGCGUCAUAUCGACAAACUGAUCGCAGCCUCCACUUUCGCCGCCCACCCUUACGCACAGCGUGCCAUUGUCGAUGCGUCGUCUAGUAUUUUGAAUGACCGAUUCUACAGCACUAGCGACCAGGUUGAAAACUGCAUAAAGCCGUUCAAGUUCGAGAUUGAGGUGGAGCCCAAUGAAUGGAGCAAAGGCCGAGAAAAUGUUGGUCGAGUUUUGAAGACUGAAAUGAAGGCCUGCGAAGCAGCACAGAAACAACUUGAAGACAAAAUUGGCAAAAAGAGGCUGAAGGAUGUGAUGGGCUUUGUCGACCGCGUCAGGAAAGGGGACGUUCUGCUUGAAGGAAAGGGCACUGGCGGUGCUGGGGGCUUCUCAGCAGACCUCUUGCAAAAAGGGCGAGAAGCCGUCUUCCUUCGAGAUCGCGCGGACCUCAUCAAAAUGCGCCUGAUGGCGGUCAAGUCCAAGCAGUGUGCCAACCUCAAGAACAAGUAUUAUUGUCCCGAGGUUUUCCUCGAUGUGGUUGCCGACAAGUUGACUUCUACCGCGGUCCUCUUCCUCAAUGUCGAGCUUCUUUCGGAAUUUUAUUACAACUUCCCGCGCGAGUUAGACAUCCGGCUUGGCCGUCAUCUCGAUCAUGCCGAGAUUGAACGAUUCGCGCGGGAAGACCCCAAAGUCCGCAAACAUCUCGACCUCAUCAAGCGCAAGGAUAUGCUGGAGAUGGUCUUGGAAAAGAUCGAGAGUUUGCGCCAACUGGAAGGUCGGGUGAAGCAGCACGCCCAGGUACCGGCGCCGGCGAAGGAGAGAGGGCGAUGGAGUUUGUUUUGA